GUGUGAACUACUAUGCCUCUGCACUGCCCUUCCUGUCUGCUGCACAGCAGGGCUUCAUGGGAGCAGGAGUUCAGGUCCAGAUGCAGGUGCCUGAAGGUGUAACGGACUACUGCACCACAUAUGCUGACUGUGCAGUUCAGUACCCUGAUGCCAUAUCUAAGUGGGACGCCUUUUUUCAGGGUCUGAAGUCUGCAGCUGAGUCUGAACUCCCUGAAAAUGAGAAGAAAGAUGCUCUCCUCGGCCUCUACUGGGCAGCCCAAAUGGCUUCAACUCAAGCCUCAGCUGCAUGCAAUGCCAGGCAGGGCCACUACUCCUCUGUAGAAGUGGCAUUUGCAAACAGCUGGCUGAACUCUGCAGAGUACGUUUCAGCAGCACAUUUCCAAUCCAAUUUGGAAAAUUCUGCAUCAUUCAUAACCCCUCUGCCGAGUCGAGUUUUACAGGCGACUGACAGUGCGCCUAAUAUUGCUGAUCUGAGUCAGGAGGAGAACCACACACUGUCUAUCUUCUCCUGGAUGAGCAGUGUCAAUUCUCUACUGGGUGGGACGUUGGUGCGUCUUUGGAAAAGUGCCAUGUGUUCAGUGAGCACAAGAGAGAGAGGCAGAGAGAUGUUGGGGCAGCUUCUACUGAAUCCCAGCUUCGCCACAAACACUUUCCUGUCCAUCAUCACUGGAAUGACUACAAGCUGCUAAGUGAACAAUACAGGCUUUUAUACGGGGAGACACAUGCAAUACAAAAAGACAUAGAUGGUAUUUCUUUUCAGUAGUGAAAGUAAUUUAUGUCAUUAUUUGGAGGGUGUAGAUCAACAAGUCAGCUGUUACAGUUUAAAGCAGGUAAUAUGUUUGUUCUUGUCACUCUCAUGUGAAAUGUGUGUCCCAGUAAACUGUCAACAAACAAUCAUUUUACUGUCAUUUUUUAACUAUUUUUUAAUAUCCUGUUGCCAACCUUGAAACAAUAAUAUACAGUACAGAAAGAGAGCAAAGUCAAGUCACAGAGGGUUCCCAGACUCUUUCUUUUGAGUUGCACAGUAAGGUUUGUUUGCAGUGAA